CAGAAUGGCCGGUAAGUCUGCUCUCGUGAAACAUAUCGCCUAGCCCAUAGAUACUCAUUUCAAGCUAGAUCAUGCAACACAACAUUCAAGCCAGAAAUCUCAAUCCCGUCGAGGUCGAACACCUUAAUAGCAACUCGUUCAUGAUCUCCCCAAUCAGUCUAGGGCCCUCGAAGGCAGUGACGACUAUAGUCAAUUCCCCCGAUGCCUCCAUCAUCUUCCUUAAGUGCUUUCUAGCUGCCGAGAAGCACUGGCUGCGAUCACUUGACCAGGAUACAGACAUAGACAAAGUGUUUUGGGGACGUAUUGCGAAAAGUUUCAAUCGCAAGGGCCUGGGUUACCGUAUUAACGAGGCGGAAACAGCGAGAGCCGUUGCCUGCAUUCUCCGCAGUACGUCGUACAUAACCUCUAUGAAGCAGCAACACCCACGCCAAGACGAUGUAUUACAGCGCCUCUUUUCAGCAAUUGACGAUUGCCGCCUCAUGUCUCUGCGUCGCAGACAGCAGCAACGGUUGGGUCUGGAGCACGCUCAGUCUUUGAUCGACAAUCAAGUUACAGAAGAAGUUGUUGAGAAGGGAAUUCUAACGAAGAUACCUCAGAAUUUGAAGGAAUAUCACAACUUUAUGAGUGCGUUGCGUAUGAACGAAGUUAACAAGGGGGGGACAGCAGCAGUAGCACCAAUAGCAAUAGCAGAACCUAGGUUGGCCGAUCGGGAAACACGAAACAAAGGAUUUCUCAACCCCCAUAUUUUCACAACUAAUCCCAACACGCAAACGACGAAGAGAAAUAUCACGAGACCGAACAUACCAAGAAACUGCCUUACCGGUCCAAGGCGUAUGAUGCAAGUCACCAAUAAGAGAAUCGGGCAGAGGGGUAGUCACAGGGCACAAGACAGAUCAUCGUACUCAUCAGCAAGAAGAUCUAAGUCCCAUUUCAGAGGCACCACGUCGCUUGAGAAGUAUCAACAACAGAAAAUCCAUCGCCUGGAACGACAGCUGAAAGAGGAGCAAUGCAGGAAGCGAUUGUUCUAGGAGCAGUCUGAAACUUUCUUGUCUUCAAAACCUGACCGCUUUUAUUGUAUUAAUUGUAUUCGAUGCAUUGUGUGUGUGAAUAGCAAGUUAGAACUGAAGGUUACAUGUGUGCCGAAGCUCCACCGCCAUGAGGCGAGUUUACGAUCGGGCUCAGAGUCUAUCUAGUGUAUGAGGCACGUAGACACCAUUUUGAGAGCAUUCGAUACCACCAAUUGAAAGAUACCCUCUA